AUGGGUCGAGAAGAAGCAUUCAAUCUAUUUAAACGUGAUUAUCCCCUUCAAGGUCAGAUAAGUAAACAAAAAGAAGAAUUAAAGUCACUUUAUACACAGGCAAAAAUGCAAGGAUUGAAUAUGUUCAAGGCAAAAGAAGAGGCUGGCAACAUUCGAGUUCAAAUCAAUACAGUAAUACAGAGCAACAAUAAUGACACUGAAACACAAGAAUUCUUAAUUAAAUUACGCAAUGAACUGGAUGUAAAAAGAACUGAAUAUCGAGAUUCUUAUAAUUCAUUGAAAGAACUUAAAUCACGUGUAGAACAUUUACAGCAUUCAUUGGAACUGGUUAAAAUGCGCUUAGUUCAAGAUUUUGAAUCUUGGUGGAACCAAAUGAGCACUGAAGAAAGUGAAGUCAACACAUCAAUUCGUCUGCCUAAUGUAUCCACCAUUUCAUGUCAUUCUAGCAAAAUAGAUAGCAUGAAGAUGAGUGAUACAAAUUCAGUUCUUACAACAAAGGAACAACCUUUUUCUGAAUACUCGAAUCAUUCUAAUCUACAACUGAAGUUGAAUAAAUCAUGUUAUGAAGAUUCGGUAACAAGCCAGCAUAGAAAUAUUUUGGUUAAAGAUGAAGCAGUUAAUCAAUCAAUUCCACUCACUGGGGAUCCUGUGGUUGAUGCAGACAUUUUAACUUUUAUAAGAGCUAGAGAAAAAAUUCGUUCACGACCUAAUCUACAACUGAAGUUGAAUAAAUCAUGUUAUGAAGAUUCGGUAACAAGCCAGCAUAGAAAUAUUUUGGUUAAAGAUGAAGCAGUUAAUCAAUCAAUUCCACUCACUGGGGAUCCUGUGGUUGAUGCAGACAUUUUAACUUUUAUAAGAGCUAGAGAAAAAAUUCGUUCACGACGUUUGUUUGUAGAACAACAAAAGAAAAGCCAAUGUACAGAAUAA